AUGGCGUCCCAAGACAGAGAAACUCUUCCUGACGUGGCCAAGCCUGUCAACUACCACGUCUCCCUCUUCGACUUGCAGUUUGGUGGCUCGUGGGAAUACAAAGGAGCUGUCAAGAUUGAUCUCAAGGUCACCAGCCCUACCAGCGAGAUUGUAUUGAACUCGAAGGAGAUCAAAGUGCAGACUGCUGAGAUUUUAGGAAAAGACGGUAGUCAGUUGGCCGAAUCGUCCAAUAUCACCUACGACAAGAAAUCGGAGCGAGUAACCUUUGCUUUCUCGCAAGCAAUCGCACCUGCAAACGUUAUCUUGUCGAUCAAUUUCACCGGUACCAUGAACAAUGCUAUGUCCGGUUUCUACCGCUCAAAGUAUAAGCCUGUUGGAGAGCCAUCUGCCGAUACUCCCAAGGAAGACGAAUUUUAUUACAUGUUGAGCACUCAAUUCGAGUCCUGUGAUGCACGCCGUGCUUUCCCUUGUUUCGACGAACCGAACUUGAAAUCCACCUUUGACUUCGAGAUUGAAGUUCCGAAGGGACAGACUGCGUUGAGCAACAUGCCUGUUCAGUCGGAAAGAGAUGGAAGCAAUCCCGGAUUGAAGUUCGUGACCUUCGAGAAGACCCCGGUGAUGAGCACCUAUCUUUUGGCCUGGGCAGUUGGUGACUUUGAAUAUGUUGAGGCCAUGACCCAGCGCAAGUACCAGGGCAAGAGUAUUCCUGUUCGCGUCUAUACCACACGGGGUCUCCAGGACCAGGCUCGUUUUGCGCUGGAAUGUGCUCACCGAACGGUCGACUAUUUCUCCGAGGUCUUUGAGAUCGAGUACCCGCUCCCCAAGGCUGAUCUCCUGGCUGUUCACGAAUUCGCCAUGGGAGCCAUGGAAAACUGGGGUCUAGUGACAUACCGAACCACCGCCGUUCUUUUCGAUGAAGGAAAGUCUGACAACCGCUAUAAGAACCGCAUCGCCUAUGUUGUAGCUCACGAGCUGGCUCACCAGUGGUUCGGUAACCUUGUCACUAUGGAUUGGUGGAAUGAAUUGUGGCUGAAUGAGGGAUUCGCAACCUGGGUUGGUUGGCUUGCUGUUGAUCAUUUCUACCCAGAAUGGAACGUUUGGUCUCAGUUUGUCGCUGAAGGUGUGCAACAAGCAUUUCAUCUCGACUCGCUGCGCGCAUCCCACCCAAUUGAGGUUCCCGUCAAGAAUGCUCUCGAAGUCGACCAAAUCUUCGAUCAUAUCAGUUACUUGAAGGGAAGCUCUGUCAUUCGUAUGCUGAGCGUUCACCUCGGCAGAGAAACUUUCUUGCGCGGAGUUGCGGACUAUCUCAAGUCUCAUGCAUACGGAAAUGCCACCACGAAUGACCUGUGGUCUGCCUUGAGCAAGGCUUCUGGUCAGGAUGUGCAUUCUUUCAUGGAUCCCUGGAUCCGCAAGAUUGGUUUCCCGGUUGUCACAGUGGCAGAGGAACCUGGCCAGAUCAGCGUUCGACAGAACCGAUUCCUGUCUACUGGCGAUGCAAAGCCUGAGGAAGAUGAGACAAAGUGGUGGAUUCCUCUUGGCAUCAAGUCCGGACCGGAGCUGGCCACUGUCGAUACUCGUGCUCUCACCGCAAAAUCUGACACCGUUGGUGGAGUUGGCGAGGACACUUUCUACAAGAUUAACAAGGACCUAUCUGGGUUCUAUCGCACUAACUACCCCCCUGGCCACCUGGCCAAACUCGGUCAGUCACUUAAUCUGCUGAGCACCGAAGACAAGAUCGGUCUACUAGGUGAUGCAACUGCUCUUGCAGUCUCCGGAGAAGGCACCACGCCUGCUUUGUUGACUCUUUUGGAAGGGUUCAAGGAUGAACAAAAUUACCUUGUUUGGUCUCAGAUCUCUUCAUCUUUGGCAAAUCUCCGCUCGGUUUUCUCCCAGAACGAGCAGGUUGCCGACGGACUGAAGAAGUUCACUCUCAAGCUGGCUUCACCAGCCGCUGAAAGGGCUGGCUGGGAGUUCCAGACCAAUGAGGACUACCUCAUUGUGCAACUCCGGAAAUUGCUGAUUGCAAUGGCGAGCAAUGCUGGCCACAAAGACUUUGUCUCGGAGGCCAAACGCCGUUUCGACCUCUGGGCUGCUGGCAAAGAUGUCAAUGCCAUUCACACCAAUUUGCGGUCGACUAUUUUCAGCAUCAAUGUGUCGGAGGGUGGCCGUAAGGAGUUUGAUGCCGUCAAGGAGGAAUAUCUCCGGACCGACUCCGUGGAUGGAAAGGAGAUCUGCCUGUCUGCUCUUGGUCGCACCAAGGAUCACGCCCUGGUGCAGGAGUACUUGGACUUUGUGUUUUCGGAUAAGGUUGCUGUCCAGGACAUCCACAGCGGCGCUGUGUCUUUGGCUGCCAAUUCUAAGGUCCGCCACCUGCUGUGGCAGUACAUCAAGGACAACUGGACUGCUGUUUCUACUCGGCUGUCAUUCAAUAACGUUGUCUUUGAGCGCUUUGUUCGCAUGGGCCUAUCAAAGUUCGCCGAUCACCAGAUCAGUGAUGACAUCACGGCCUUCUUCAAGGACAAGGACACGAGCGCCUAUGACCGCGCACUUGUCAUUGUCGCGGACAACAUUCGAACUAAUGCAUCCUACAAGGAACGCGAUGAGGCGUUGGUUCUCGAAUGGCUGCGGGCGCACGGCUACGCUUAA